GCAGAAGAAUUGAAUCGUAUCGUAGGUGAUGCUUUCCAGUUGGCCUAUGCUCGUCAGCGUAUGCUUAAACUACAACGUAGCGGGACGAAAAUGCUGUCUCCGGAUACACAGCCCAUUCCACACCUGUGCGAUCGGUACAAUCCCUGGUCCUAUCAAACAUCUGACGAGUCUGGGGCGAAUGAGUGUAACAACGGUACUGGCAAUAAUGCUCCAACCAAUACAAACAAUAAUCCCAGUCCAGCACAUAUUCCUCUAAUGCUCGAAUUGCCCCCACCACCCAGUUGUCCUCCUCCACCCCCGAUGGGAACGGAUCCGAACGGAUCUUUAGCUCAUUGCUCAUCCUCGCCCGAGCUGACUACUACACCGAUUUCCGGAACGAAUGGUUUAGUCCUCAGUCCCGUUUCCCAAAAUACUACCAAUGGAGUUAGUCCAACUUGUACAGGCACAAGCGAUUCGAAUUUCUUCUUCGCAACGAAUCGUGAUGUUACUAAUUCCGAUGCGAAUGGUCAUAUGCAUUCACAGAACAAAACGAACGGAUUGAAUAGUUCAGAUGAUUUGGAGAGCCGGUAA